GUGUACACAUCGUGAGAGUGAUCAUGGUUGAAAAAUUCAAGUUCGAUCCGGGCAACAAAGUGGAAGUGAGCAACGACUGCAGUGGUGGCAUAUACCGCUCAUGGUUCACAGCCACAAUCAUCAGGUGGUUCUCCUCCGACAAAUUACUGGUCGAAUUCGAUGACGAGGACGUGAAGCCAACAGUUGUCGGUCUUCAUCAGCUCCGACCAGUGCCCACGCUGGAGAUUGAUGAUUGGGAAGUGAAGAUCGGCGACAAAGUGGAGGCGUUCCGGAAACACAGGUGGUGGGAAGGCCGUGUUAGCGAAGAUUUAGGGAAUGGAAGUUUUCGUGUGUGUUUUACAGACUCAGGAGAGAUUGUGUUUCCAAAAGACCUUCUUAGGGUUCAUCGCAAGUGGAUUAAUCACAAUUGGGUUCCCCCAAUCACAAACCAUAAGGAACUUCUUAUGGAACUGAAGACACAGAUGCGGGAAAAUAGGAUUAGUGAGUUGCCUGACUGCUUAUUGCUCUAGAUAUUGAGUUUUCUUGAAGCACGAGAUGCUGUUCGGACUUGCAUCUUGUCUAAACGGUGGAAGGAUCUUUGCAAACGCCUCACUACUCUCACAUAUACUCCGUCUAUACAUACAUAUUCGGAUGAAAGUUUUAAGAACUUUAUGUCUUGGGUUCUGUCCAGUAGAGAUCACUCAUAUUCACUGCUUAAUCUUACUAUUAAUGCUUGGAUACAGGAAGAUGAAGAAGAAGAGCUAUGCAAACUCAUUAAUAUAAAUCCACUACUCUCUUUGAAAAUUAAUGGGUAUGGAAAGUGUCCAAAAUCUGAGUUACUCCCUUUAAUCUUUGGCUCUCACUCUUUGACAUUUCUUGAGCUUUGUUAUUAUAGUAGGUAUGACGGGCAUGCAAAGUGUCCAAAAUCUCUUCACUUACCUGCAUUAAGAACCUUGCAUCUUAAAUUUUUCAACUUUGUUGCAACUCACAAUCAUUGUGCUGACCCUUUUCCAAAAUGUCAUGUGCUGAAGACUUUGGUGCUCAGGUAUUGUUCUUUGAUUGAAGAUGCACAAGUCCUCUGCAUAUCUAAUCAGACAUUAUCCAGUUUGACUAUAAGUAAUGUAUUAGCUGACCAAUUUUCGCUUUCUACUCCAUAUCUUAGUUCUUUUACUAUCGAUAGUAGUUAUUUUUUUCAUCAACUCUUGGCCUCCACAUGCAAUCUUUCUUUUCUUCAACAAGUAAAUAUGUAUGGCUUUUCCUGUAACGAGGACGAGGAAGCUUCAAUCUUCGUAAGAUGGCUGCAAGUGCUUGCCAAUGUAAAGAUUUUGAAAUUUGGCGGUUCUGUCCUUCAAACAAUACAAGAGGACUUCCUCUUAAAUACAACUUCGAAAAACUUUCAACCUCCACAGUUUGUUAGAUUGGAGUUGCUUGUAGUGCACGCACAUUCAAAUAAGGAACAAGAAAUAAUGGAAGUAGUGAAACACUUGCUUCAAAACACUACUUCAAUGCCUAGAGUUGAUAUCAUAUAACAUAUCUUUAGAGGACUCCAAUUUGGUUGAAUAAAUUAUAGAUCUUAAGAUUAUUUUCUCAUAGUUCAAGUUGGACGAAGUUGGACGAACCUUUUUUCUGCUGUUGGUUUUAACGGUUUUAACGCUAUUUUGUGAGUAAUUGAUUUUUUUUUUCUUUUUCUUUCUAUGAUGUUUCCUAAAAACAUAUGAAGUGAAGAAUUUUAAGCUUUAUAGGAAUGAAAGUGCAGAUGUAAAGAAUA